AUUCUACAUUCAAGAAUUCAAUAGAUAAAAUGGCCUUACCAAGAUACGGAUUCCCACUUGUCAAGACCUACUGGCCAUACUUUGCCGGUGCUGGUAUAACUUACUUUUUGAUCUACAAGGCAUCCCAAGCUUCCAUGAACUCUGCUGAAUUUAUUAAUGAUCCAAGACACCCAAGAUUUGCUUCCGGUGCUAAAGUCAUUGAUUUAGAAAACAAGGAUUAAGUUGAAUAAAACGUUCUAAUCUUCAAAGUUUGUUUAUAAUACAGAUACAUACAAUAUACAAAAAAUAUUUCGUUUCGAAUUGUUGCACUUACAAUGUACUUCCUUAUGAUUAACCAAAGUCCAGUCUAGUUAUCCUGUAACUAUGUGAAUGCUAAUAAUAGCUAUUUAUUUUGUUGUUCCCAUCGAAACAGUCCUCUUUAUUGAAAAGUGAGUGUCUGUAUAUUAACAUCUACUACUAUUCAAGGAUUCAAGGCUCAUUUCAGUCCCACAUCUAUACCAUUAACGUGCAUUCUUCGUACUUGCUACUUCUGGCUUUGUGUAUGUUUUCACGUGACCCGAUCUAUCACCAAUCAAAUUUUUCUUUAGUAAGCAGUAAUUUUUUUUUUUUCCUGGGGACCAUAUCAUCUUUCCCUUGCUUCGGAACCGAAUUCCACUUGGCAUAUCAUUUAUAUAUAUAAAGUGGUUCUCGUACAACUCUAUCAGAUAUAAUCAAAUCAGUAACAAUGUUUACCUCCUUUCAGAAUACCCUUUUACGCCUGAAUCCAAUAACCAAAAGAUUCUUGUCAUUCAAAACAUUACCUACACCAAAUCCAAAUGCGUUAAAAUUUGUAUCGCCCGAAUGCUCCAUAAUACCUAUUGAAAACAAGACGUUUGAAUUUACAUCUACCUUACAAGCCGUUCAUUCUCCAUUAGCAUUAAAGAUCUUUAAGAUCCCAGGUGUUAGAUCGGUAAUGUUGGGUCCCGAUUUCCUCACUGUCAAUAAGCAAGAUCAUAUAAAUUGGGCUAAUUUAAGACCAGAAGUGGUUGACUUGAUGGAUGAGUUCUUGACUCAAAAGAAAGAUCCAGUCAUAACUAAGGAUUUACUUGAACAAAUAAAUGAAGAGGAAUUGAGUAGUGAGAAUGAUACUGAAACUGUAGCUAUGAUUAAGGAAUUGAUUGAAACCAGAAUAAGACCAGCUAUUCAAGACGAUGGUGGUGAUAUUGAAUAUAAAGCAUUUGAUGAAGAAACUGGAACAGUAUUUUUAAAACUUCAAGGUGCUUGUAAAUCAUGCUCCUCGAGCGAAGACACCUUGAAGCAUGGUAUUGAAUCCAUGUUGAAAUACUAUAUUGAAGAAGUUAAAGAAGUUGUGCAAAUUCUUGAUCCAGAGGAAGAAAUUGCUUUGAAAGAAUUUGAAAAAUUGGAACAACUGUUGAUGAAGAACAAAUCUUCCCCACUGGUUCCUCCAUCCUUAUAAUUUGUGUUAUUGUUAAUGUAUUUGGGAAUUUAUAGAAAUAUAUACUUUUUUAUUUUUAAUUUAAUUGCUCUAAAGUUUGUGUCCGCAAUUCAGCUAGUUUGAUAUCUUUGGCUAAUCUAUUGUCGGACUGCUUCAAAAGACCCUUUUCGAUACACUCUUUACUUAAACAUACUCUGAUUUCUUCAAACAACUCAGUUAACCAAUUAUGAGUAAAUUCGAUCCAGAUUCGGGACACUUGGUUGAAACCAACCACUAAACCUAAUGAUAAGAGUGCAAUGGAUGCAUUAGCACUAAACCCAAAGAAUUGAUAAGAUAAUGCAGCAAUGAUUCCUAUGGGUAAUUGGUAAUAUAUAAAGGCAGAUGCUAAAGUUUUAAUAACCAAAGGUUGAACUUCUUGGCUAACACGUUCAUUUAUAAUAGUGGUCUUUAAAUCAGAUAAUGGAUUAGAUAGUUCGUCAACAUCGUUAACUCCGGCGAUUUUCCCAUUUAAGAAAUUAUACUUUUCAAUACUUUUAUUCAUGAAAUGGGCAUUAAAGAAAUCCUUGAUAUCAUAUUCAACAUUGUCAUUCUUGUAAUAUAACCUCCACCAGUUUAACUUCUUCUUAAAGAAUUGUUGAGUUUGGGGCUGGAAUUCAUCCUGAAGUUCGCGGUUAACAAACUCGGCAAAUUUAGCAAUGUCUGUUGCAGCAAUUCUAUGGUUUUCUUGUGGUUCCUUGGCAGAUUUUAUAUACUUUGCAAUUUUAGUCUUUAUAUUAUUCAAUAAAAACUCAUUAACAGUAUCCUUGUUCAGCAUCCAGGUGAUUGCCUUUAACAAUUCGUAGAUAUUACUAUCCCUCAUAUCUUGAAGGUACUCAGAAGCAACAGCCACAUCUUUUUCAAGAAACUCUUCAAUACCAGUAACCGCUAGUUUACUAUUAAUCUUUAUUAUAUUGGUAUUUGGUUCAUUAGUGAAUGCAAUCGGGGUAUCUUGAAUACUUGGUGGUGAAUAUGAUUCAUUAUCAAUCACAUUCAAGAAUAUUUUGUUUUGAGUCUCUUCAUUAAAUUGAUUGAGUUUGAUUUGGUCAUCGACACAUAUCAAGAAGGUAUAGUUAGUAACUUUAACUGUUGAAAUAUCCUGGUUUAUUUCGUCUAUUAUUAAAUCAUUAGGAAAUUGCUCAGGUUCAAAGUUAUAAGUGGGUCGAUAAAUUCCACCGAGGAUAGGUGACGGGACAUCACAAGUAUUAUCUGAUACAACUGCCGUAGGGGAAUAUUGAAACAGGACAAUUGGUGAUUUGUUUCUCUGUUGUAUCUUGUUGAACCAGGGUUUGUUAUUAUCUGAAAGUGGAUCUGCAAGGAUUGCUUCUAUAAUUUUAGAGCUGGAUCUCGACUUUUCGUUAGCAUAGAAGAUCCCAAUUCUCAAGGUCAGUGGUUGAUACUUUUUAGUUGCCGAAUUACAGUAUUGCGUGAUAUCAUUAUUGACUAGUGUAUCUUGCGGAAUUGUACUCUUGUAAUUUUGAAGGGUGUAAAUUAGUGUUUCAGGUGCUUUCGAAGAAGAUGAUACAAACCUUUCAAUUGCCCUAAGUGGUAGUAUAUUAUUCUUGAUUGAGCCUACUGUAGCUGUAACAAACCCGGCUCUACGCAAUAUUAUCAUGUAUAAGGUUGUUUGUGUAGUAUUUGU